GGGAGGUAGGUUGCGCUGCGGAUGAAGUGUUGUGGUUGUUAGCGGCAGCAGCGUACACCGCCACGGGGGACAUCAAUGGUGGAGUACGCGUUCAUUCAGGGAAAGGUCUGAGAGAGACCGUUACCGGGGCUUACAUGGAGAGCUGAAACCGAAUAUGAGCUUCACGUCCUCAAUGAUGUACAUAUCCCCCGCCUUGCUGCUUAUUUUGUACGGACAUAUUGGAUUUUCGGACGCUUCACCUCGCAUCAGCCCUUACGAUGCGUCGCCCAGCACCACCAGGAAGCCCGGCUCAGCCUCAGACACCUGGGAGACCCUCCACACCGACACGCCUCGUUCUUUACCGGAGAGCAGCGGCUCCGUCCUCGGGCCUGUUAUUGUUACACCCGACCCCGCAUCCACAAAAACUGCACCUACAUUCCAGCCUCCAACGACGGAACCGACAACCGACAGCGUCCCUGACGCCGCCAGGAAGGAGCGGAUGACGGCACCGAGCUCCAGGCUGAUGGGCCCCCGCAAACGGUCCGCCGACGGUCCGGUGCUCGCUCCGGAGAAGAUGCUGCAGACCAUGAUGUUGUCCUCCAUGGUCUCCCAGCGCACCGCCAACGAUGCCUGGGCUGCAGAUGCUACGACUGGGACGUCAGUGGAGCAGCAAGAGAGCUUGUGUAACUGCAGCAGUGGCAGUGAGGGGAUUCUGGAUUCAGAUGAGUGUGACCAGACCACCGGUCAGUGUUCGUGUCUGSUGGGCUAUGCCGGCCUGCAGUGUGACGAGUGUGAGAAGGAGUAUUUUACCAAUGGCACCAGUGGCUGUCUGCCCUGUUCCUGUGACUCCUAUGGUGCGGUACACCCCGUCUGUGACAG